ACAGGAGUGGGACGAGGGGGAGAAGCGGUCUAUCGCUCUUGAAAACAUACUAAAAACGGCCCUUAUUUGGAUUUGUGGCUUCUUCAGAACGAAUGCGGAUUGAGUCGAGGUGAACUCCGCCGAGCCUCCGCGCCCCAUUGGUGAGAGAGGGGCGGUGGGGGCUAUUUUAUUGUCUGGGAUGCGCAUUUUCGGGAGUGGGGGAGAGGAGGAGGACGCGUCCCGAGAUGAGUGCGCCGGGGGGCGAGUGCUCCGGCUCCAACACGGGCGUCUGGGACAAUAACGACUCUCCUCCUCGUUGCCUCCGCUCUCAUCCGGCGUUGCUAUGAAAACCGUUGCGCAGUGCAGCGCCAAACAUCAUUGCCGGAUUUGGAAUCGGCGCGGAUUACAUAAUCGAAUCACCCUCGACUAGCACCCCUUUUUUUCUUCUACACAUCCCCCCCACGUAUUGUCAAUGUAAGGAGAGUUCCGUCAGGGGGCGGGGGCUGUGUCGUGGGCACAGAUGAGAGGCAAAACAUAUCACCCGCCGCUGAAGUUGACAGCACCCUGGGAAAAGGAUGCUGGCUUCGGCAGGAAGCUCAAGACCUACAGGAACCAUACCAAGAUAAUAGCGCAGCCCGGCAUCGUGAUGAAAGUGCUGCGCAGGAAAAAGAUUGUGCUGUUUGCGGCCUAUUUCCUGCUCCUGGUGCUGACUAUGCUCAACUUGGCCAACUACAAGUGGACCAAGGAGCCGCAGCCGUGCAGCCACCCGAUGAGGGGUGCCGUCUACCAGGGCCGCUCGGACCUGCGCUACCUGUACAGGCCCUCACUGGCCAAAAAGAGGCAGCUCAUCUACGUGUUGACCACGUGGCGCUCGGGCUCAUCCUUCUUCGGUGAGCUCUUCAACCAGAACCCUGAUGUGUUCUUCUUGUACGAGCCCAUGUGGCACAUCUGGCAGAAACUGUACCCGGGCGACGCUGUGUCCCUCCAAGGGGCGGCGCGUGAUAUGCUGAGCUCGCUGUACCGCUGCGACUUGUCUGUCUUUCAGCUUUACAACAGCCCCGGGGGCAAGAAUUUCACUUCACUGGGGCUGUUCGGCGCCACUUUGAACAAGGUGGUGUGCUCCUACCCGCUGUGUUCGGCCUACAGGAAGGACGUGGUGGGGAUGGUGGAUGACAAGGUGUGCAAAAAGUGCCCCCCGCAAAGCCUCAGGCUGCUUGAAGAUGAGUGCCUCAAGUACAAUACGGUGGUCAUCAAAGGGGUGCGAAUUCUGGAUGUCAAUGUCCUUACACCCCUCAUGGAGGACCCUUCUUUGGACCUAAAGGUGAUCCACCUGGUUCGAGAUCCGCGGGCGGUGGCCAACUCCCGCAUCAAAUCGCGGCACGGACUCAUCCGGGAGAACUUGCAGGUGGUGCGCAGCCGGGACCCCAAACUCCGCCGGAUUCCAUUCGUGGAUCCCGGGCACAAGGCCAACAAGAAGGACGGCUCGGACUACCACUCCAUCGGCGCUAUGGAGGUGAUCUGCGACCGUACCUCCCGGACAUUGAGGACGGCGUUGAACCCGCCCACCUGGCUCAAGGGCAAAUACAUGGCCGUGCGCUACGAGGACUUGGUGGACAACCCUGUGAAGACGUUGCGCGCGGUCUACCGCUUCGCCAACCUGACGGCCAACCGCGACAUCGAGUCGUUCGCCCUCAACAUGACCAGCGGCUCCAGCUCAUCGUCCAAGCCGUUCAUCGUGUCGUCUCGUAACGCCACCCAGGCGGCAAGCGCGUGGCGGACGGUGCUCAGCAUCCAGCAAAUCAAGCAGGUUGAGGACUACUGCCACCACUCAAUGGCCGUGCUUGGCUACGAGCGCGUGCGGACCGCCGGUGAGGCCAAGGACCUGAGCAAAUCACUACUGACGCACUCCAAGCUGUGAAGACGCUGCCAAAGACUGGAAGUAGGAGCACCUAGUUUGCGCCACAUUCGGAAUGUAACGCCCUUAGAAUGACAUCUGCGAGGACUGCCUGUUUUUUUUUUUUUCUACAAGAACACUGGAUGCGAUCUAUUGACGGGCCUACCACUGAAAAAAAAUAUCUCUUAAUACAGGGGUUCUCAAACUUGUGGGUCCCGGGACACUCUUACUUAAGAAUCUUUACAUAAUCCACACACUCAUGUUCUUAAAAUCAAAAUGUGGCCUGUUAACUAUUGAGGUACAGUUGCAUCAUGGCCAAAAUAACCCAGUUUUAAAAAUAUCUCUCAACAACCAAACGCUCAAUACAGGUAGUCCCCGGUUUACGAACGACUUCCGUUCCUCCGCUGGUGAUGUAACCCGGAUUUCCACGCAAAUCUGAAUUAGCCCUUUAAAUACCUCUAAACACCCUCUAGAUAAUAAAAAAAUAUCCAAAAACAUGUACUGUAUUGGCCCGAAUAUAAGACGGUGUUUUUUGCAUUGAAAUAAGACUGAAAAAGUGGGGGUUGUUUUAUAUUUGCGGUCUAGACAUUAUACCCAUUCAUGACGCUAGAUGGCGCCAGAUAUCAUUGAAGCGAUGUUCUGUCAUGACAGAUCUCAGCUACUCUCAAGUUUAACCAGUUUGCAUUAUUUUAUUGCAAUGUUUUUCCUUAUUCAGAUUGGUUUCAAGACUACAGUUACAGUUAGACUUCACUUUGCUGGUUAAUGCAGUUAUUGCAAUUUUGUUGUUUUAUCACAAUAGAUUGGUUUAUUUACAUUUCAAAAAACAGAAGCCAUUCAUUCACGAAUGUGAUUGCACAUUAGUUUAGAUAUUUAAAUGUUCAGAUAUUAAGAUUUGAAUGAGGCAAAAUUACAACAAUAUAUUUGAGAGAAAAAGCAUGUUAUCAUUUUUUUUCAGAUGUACUGUAAUUAUUUUUUGUAUAAAAAUUAAUUUGGUGCUCAAAAAGUCUUUUUUCAAACUUGAGUCUUGAAAAAGGGGGUCGUCUUAUAAUCAGGGACAAUACGGUAUUAUACGUCAUAGCACUGUCCUCACCAAGACGUUGGAGCUAAGUCCUAGCUAGACAGUGAGCCAAGCUCUGAAAUGACGAUGUCAGACGUCUGUGUGGUUUGUUGACUUUAUAGAAUGAAACUAAAAUUAAAUCAAAUCAGUCUCAUCUGCAAUAGCAGCAAUUCAAAUUUGCAUUUAAGUAGCUGCUGAUACAGCAAUAACAAUCGAUUAGCAUGUAUCAAUUAGCGUCCGAACAUCAUCAAAAACAAUCACGUAAACUCGACACAAGUAUUUGACCACAAAUGAAAACGCACAAUAAACAGUACAUAAGGGGUUAUAUACAGCCGUCGCCUCUGGAUGCUUCACAAGCAACAAAUGUGCGCGCAGGUUGUCACCUCUGUCACUUGGCUGCUCUGUGUGUGCGUGUGUCUACUUUAGGGUUGCAGCUAUCGAUUAUUUUAGUAGUCGAUUAAUCGAUAAACUAUUUAGUUCGAAUAAUGAAGUAAUCGGAUUAGGAACAAAAAAUUAAAAUACAUGAGCUAAGCCUCAAACGGUAAAAAAAAAAAAAAAAAAUCAAUAGAUAAGGAUCUAUGUACAACAAAAGAACAAUUUGGCUAACUUACAUAGCAAAUGUCUGCUAGUUUAAAUGCUAUAAAAUGCUAACUUUUU